AUGAUUCCAAUGUUACCAAUGUGUGCUCCACGUGUAAGACUUAUGCCUUGUAACCCACGAAUGGCAUGUGUUGCACCUGCCAUGGUGCCAAUGAUGCCAAUGACAGGUACUCCUGCAGUAUGUCCAAUGAAUAAAUCGAAUAUGUUUUCAAUAACAUCUCUUAUGAGCGAACUGGAUUCACAUUUAUAUGGUCGAUUUCGACAUGUUGAACGAGAAAAUCCAUGUUAUCGUCAUGCACCAUUUGAUUGGUAUCGACCACCUAAACAAUGUUGUCAUGUUAUUCAUGAAGAUGCAGCUGUUGUUACACAUGAUGGACCUGUACCUAUUGGUGAUUUUUAUCGUUAUUAUAUUUAUGGUGAUAAUAUCGAUGAUUAUGGUGAUUCAUCUUCGUUAGAAUCAGAUGAUUAUGAUGAUUUAGUUGAACCACCAUAUAAUGCAAGAACUAGAGGUUAUCAAGGAGGUUUUCAAAGAGAACCUGAUUUCUAUAAUGGAAAUGCUAUUGCUAGUCAACGAUAUAAUCGUUCACCAAUGGGUAUAGGUAAUUAUACAACACUUAAUACUAAUCGUCGAACAAUGAAUCCAGCAAGUGCAACUCGAUCAUCGAAUUUUCGAGGAACUCGAACAUUAGCUGGUGAUGAUGACUUUGAUGAUGCAGCUUCAGUGAAUAGUACAUAUGGAAACUGA